AUGGGUAGACCAAGAUUGGAUCCUGAUAUCAAUCAUUGGACUAGAGGUGGUGUAAGAGGUGGUGUCAGAGGUAGUAGAGGUGGUAGAGGGGGUAAUAGAGGUGGUGCAGUGGGUAACAUAGGUGGUGUAGUGGCGAACAGAGGUGGUAGGGGUAGUAAGAGAGGUGGUAGGGGUAGUAAAAGAAGUGGUAGGGGCAGUAAGACAUCUGUUAGAGUUGAAGGUGGUGGAGGUGCUGAAGUUGAAGGUGAUACAGUUGAAAAUGAGGAUGACACUAUUCCUGAAAAAUAUUUAGUCCAUUUAUGGAAGUCAAUGCAAGAUUUGAAACAAUCAGGGUAUUCAAUUGAAGAAAUUAAAAAUUCACUUAGUCUGACAGAUUCAUGUAUGAAGCAACUUAAUGAUUACAAUGAUAGUAUUGAACAAGUUCUUCCUAUGUGUAUGGAAGAGGAGUAUCCACCUCAAACUGAGACACAAGAUGGGGGUGAAGAAAUUAUCCCUGAGACACAACCAGAAAGUGAAGAACAAGAAGGCAUUAAUGACACCCAGGAAUUACCAGUACACCUUAGGAUUGUGAAAAGAAGAAGGCCCUCUCAGAGGAUUGUUAAAAACAAGCUGAAGAAGAUGGGAUGUCUUGGGACUUCUGCAAUUUCAACAUUGGAGUUGGAUUAGGGUGUUAGGGUGUUAAGGGUAGUAAGGGUAUUUUGGUACAUCUUUUGUGAAUGCUAUUUUUGUGAAUCUUUUGUGAAUGCUACUUUUGUACAUCUUUUGUGAAUGCCCUUAAAUGACUGAUAGCCAUAUUUUAUACAUCUUUUGUAAACACAUUGAAACAUUGUGAAUGCCCUUAACAUGGUUGGUAAUGACAUAUUGGAG